CACUUUCCUUUGAGCAGAGUUUUCCUAAAUUCUUAAAUAUCUAUCACAUCCUGGUUAUUGAUUUAGCUGAAGGGAAAACAGACAUAAUUUCUCUACUGAUAAGGACGUCUAUUUUCAAUAACCCCCUAUGGGGAGUGGAUCAUGCGCAUUGGGGCGUAUUUCGGGUUUUCUCUCGAACAACACUCUCAGAGAAUGGAUGUUAUUGUUCGAUCAUUUUUUGCUAUCUCAAUACAAGAGCGCCGGGUUAAUGUUACGGAGAAAUAUACUAAUUUAUACGACCUUGUUACACAUGGUUUUGACAGUUUGUUUUAGUUGAGUUUUACAUCUGGUUCGCAGUAGUUGCCUUUUGCUUUAGGAACCUUGGCAGUGAAAUACUGUUUGUAUUUACCGCAUAACAAUCUUAUCACCACAGAAACCGAACUGUGAGUGAUUACCUACAUAAUUAUUCGAAGAGAAAAUCAUCAUGGCUAUCUUGUUGUCCCUCGGUCGCUUUACGCUAGGGCGUGCGGUUGGCGUUGGGUUUGCAAAAAUAAAUGGUAUUAGUUUAAUACGACGCACCAUGCACCUCCAGCAAAAUCAAGCAUUCGUUAAUGGUAAAUGGGUGGGAGCACGAAGCGGCGAGACGUUCGAAAUUACAAACCCGGCCAAUGAGCAAGUAAUCGGAACUGUGCCAGACAUGGACGUAGAUGACGUUAACGAGGCAAUUGGAUCUGCUUACGAUGCAUUUUAUGAUAAAGGGUGGCACAAUAGUACGGCUAAAGAACGAGCGGCGCUUCUGAAGAAAUGGUUUCAUCUAUUGGAAAUAAAUCGGCAGGAGAUUGCUCGCAUAAUGACCGCAGAAUCGGGAAAACCUAUCGCGGAAUCGCUGGGAGAAAUCAGCUAUGGUAACUCUUUCGUAGAAUGGUUUGCUGAGGAGGCUCGCCGUAUAUAUGGCGAAAUCGUCCCUACGCCACAGGCAAACCGACAGAUGAUGCUGGUGAAGCAACCGGUAGGUGUGGCGGGUUUGAUAACACCCUGGAACUUUCCACAUGCCAUGAUAACCCGUAAGGCCUCCGCUGCUAUAGCUGCCGGAUGCACCGUGGUUAUCAAACCAGCCGAGGAUACUCCACUAACAGCCUUAGCAUUGACUAAGCUGGCGGAGGAAGCGGGAUUUCCGAAAGGAGUGUUUAAUGUUAUUACAAGCAGUCGUAAAAACGCCGCUAGCAUCGGGGAACUACUAUGUAAAAGUGAGAAGGUGGCAGCGAUUUCAUUCACUGGUUCGACGGAAGUUGGAAGGUUACUGUACAAACAAUGCUCCGAUGGAAUCAAAAGAAUCGGAUUAGAACUAGGUGGGAAUGCCCCAUUUAUUGUAUUCAGUUCAGCUGAUCUAGAUAAGGCUGUAACAGGAGCUAUGAACUCCAAGUUUCGAAACUGUGGUCAAACUUGCAUAUCGGCUAACAGAUUUUUGAUUCAAGAUGAAAUACAUGAUGAGUUCAUUGCUCGUUUAACGGAAAAAAUUAAAGCACUCAAAAUUGGAGACGGCAGUCAUGAUGGAGUUCAAAUCGGUCCUCUAAUAAAUCAUUCUCAAGUCAAUAAAGUAACCGAAUUCGUGGAGGAUGCAAAACAAAAGGGAGCACACGUAGUCUACGGUGGUCAUCAACUAUCACAACAUGGUGCACUGUUUUUCGAACCCACGAUUAUUACCCAUCUUCGAGAUGAUAUGCGGUUGUACAAAGAGGAAAUUUUUGGACCGGUGGUUUCGGUCAUUCGUUUCAAAACCGAAGAAGAAGCGCUUCAAAUUGCCAAUGCAUCUCAGAGAGGAUUAGCAGGAUAUUUUUACAGUAAUGAUUUGAACCAGGUGUUUAGAGUGUCUAAACUUUUGGAAACAGGAAUGAUUGGAAUAAACGAAGGAUUGAUAUCCUCGGCGGAGGCUGCUUUUGGAGGAAUCAAAGAAUCGGGAAUCGGGAGAGAGGGCUCCAAAUACGGAAUUGAUGAAUAUGUCUAUAUCAAAUAUCUGUGCUAUGGCAGUCUUGAAUGAAGCUUAUAAUAUCGAUCAAUGUAAUACUAUAAGACGGUUAAAAGAAUAUCAUAUACGAUUACUUUAGCUGCAAUGAGCUGGUUAGGCGUCUCACACAACUAUCUAAAUUCGUACACCAAUAAACAUAGACAUAAAUAAUUGAGAAACAUACACAAGCGCUUUGAGAGAAAUACUAUAUGGUCUAGCAGUCUAAUGUGGUAUAAUAUUUAAGUUAGAAGAGUUUUUACUAGGUCAUUUUUCCAACUAUAAUGUUUUUCGAUGAUGUAUACUAAGGAUUUAUUUUUUGAAAAACGCCAUGACACAAAUGACACAAAUACUAUCUUCAAGCGUGGAUGAAAAUAAUUAACAAAGACCACAUCAGAUGAGAUUGUUUUCAACGAAGAAGUUGCAUCAGACUUCGUGAGACAGAUCGGCAAAAGCUCAAUAGGAAACACUUGCGAACGACACAAAAACAAGAGUGAAAACAAGAUUAUCACUCACACUGUUACAGUAUGUAAGUAGAUUGGCGCACAGUGGUUCAAAACUGAAGAGUAAAAGUUUGAACUUUAGAAAAUAUUCGCAAUGAAUAUAUACAAUAAAGUUACAUUCAUCUUAAAAGAUUAACCAAAAAUCCAUUGAAAAAUGUGAUCGUUACACUGCAUGUGCAUUUAAACACCUCGCUGAGAUUAAUAACAUUGUUGUUUGAGUUUGGUGCAAACAGUUCAAGGCAAUUACAGUCAUGUUAGUCUUCCAAGCUUAGAGUAAGCAGUUAAAAUAACAAAUAAUUAAAAUAACAAAUAAUUAAAAUAAUAACAACAAAAUAAAGAAAAUGAUUUAUACUUCAGCAUA